CGUUCAAACCGAUCGGUCGUAUUGUACAUCCGUAGUCGCGCUAAGCUUUGAAAUCGUUUCUCCACAACGGUGCAUAACGUGUAAAUUACGCUGAAGGGAAUCUGACGAAACGACGCUUUCAUCCUUUAAAGGGCAUCAAACGGGAGCGAAACGCAUCUCUCACGACGAUCCGCGAAAAGCGCGACGCAAGUGCCGGAUGACGUGUUUUUAACGUAGAAACAAAAGAUGCACCGUCGUUGUUGAAUCAAGCAGCAAAACUUUCGCGCGUGAGUUCUCGCGGAAAUCCUCAUCCCGCUUCAAGGCCGCUCGCGAAGUGAAACAAUAGUGGAAUUAAAGCGCUGACAAUGGAUAACAAAGGAUUUCAGGGUGAGGAUCAGGUGCAACGGGAGAAGUUAAAGAAAAUGUUCAGCUGGACCGAUGGGCUUCCCAGCGACGGAGGUGCGGGUGCCGCAAACGCGACGACGAUGCAGAGCAACAACGGGGACAGUAACAUGGAUCUGGCGACGGUGACAUCGAGCAACCCCGUAUUGGCGACGCCGGGGUUGAACAACCCCACCUGGAAUCGUCAGCAGGCGGUCAGCGUCAGGCACGCUUUUAAGAUUUACGGCAGCAGCAAGAAUCCGAACCAUGUCAUACAGAAUCUUAGCAUGACGGUGGCUAAGGGCUCGAUAUACGGUCUGCUGGGUGCUAGCGGAUGCGGCAAGACAACCCUGCUAUCUUGCAUUGUUGGCCGGAGGAGAUUAAAUUCAGGGGAGAUCUGGGUGCUAGGCGGCAAACCCGGAACGAAGGGUUCCGGGGUACCUGGAAAAAGGGUUGGAUAUAUGCCACAGGAAAUCGCUCUCUACGGCGAGUUUACCAUCCGCGAGACUAUGAUGUACUUCGGCUGGAUAUUCGGAAUGUGCACGGCCGAGAUCGUCGAGAGGCUGCGCUUCUUGCUACAGUUUCUUGAUUUGCCUUCGCAGAAUCGUUUGGUGAAGAAUCUAAGUGGCGGUCAACAGAGGCGAGUAUCUUUUGCAGUAGCUCUCAUGCACGAUCCAGAAUUAUUGAUUCUGGACGAGCCAACCGUAGGUGUGGAUCCACUGUUAAGACAAAGCAUAUGGAACCAUUUGGUUCAAAUUACCAAAGAUGGCAACAAGACGGUUAUCAUAACGACUCACUAUAUCGAAGAAGCCCGACAAGCACAUACGAUCGGUUUGAUGAGGAGCGGUCGAUUAUUGGCUGAGGAGGCACCUAGGACUCUCUUGCAAAUGUAUAACUGCGCCUCCCUCGAAGAGGUUUUUCUGAAGCUGUCCAGAAAGCAGGGACAGUAUGCUCAACCUACGACAGAGCUGAAUAUCUCGAACAACAUCAGCUUGGCUUCUUUAAACUGGGGGAAAAAAGAUGAACCGGUGUACGUGACGGAGGAGUCCGGUGUUGUCGGUCUUAACUUUCAUCAAAGCAAAGAGGUCCUGAUCCACGACUCAACUAACGGAAUAGCAAAUCAUUAUGAUAUAAGUGGCAAAUCACUGCCAGGUGCGAAAGCCAGUUCUGUCUUGGAAUGCGACGAUUGCGGCGAUUUUACAGACUGUUAUAAGAUCACCAGUUGGGGAAAAAUCAAAGCGCUUCUGCAGAAAAACUUCUUGCGUAUGUGGAGAAAUAUCGGCGUGAUGCUGUUUAUUUUUGCACUGCCGGUAAUGCAAGUAAUUCUCUUCUGUCUGGCGAUUGGGAGAGAUCCUACGGGACUGAAACUGGCCAUAGUGAAUCAUGAGAUGUUUUACGAGAAUAUGACGUGCCCCGUUUCAACGAACUGUAGUUUCACAUUUCUCAGUUGUCGGUAUCUCAACUUCUUGGAUAACGAGACGAUGAUAAAGAUAUAUUAUCCGGAUCCAGAAUCGGCGAUGGAAGCUGUACGCAAAGGUGAUGCUUGGGGCACCUUAUACUUUACGGAAAACUUCACGGAUGCCCUCGUGGCGAGGAUGGCCUUAGGAAGAGAUUCCGAUGACGAGACUCUCGAUCAAAGCGAAAUCAGAGUUUGGCUAGACAUGUCUAAUCAACAAGUGGGCCUGAUGCUGGCGAGAAAUCUUCAAUAUUCGUAUAGAGAUUUUGCCAAGGAUCUUUUAUCGGCUUGCGAACAGAAUACAAAACUGGCUGAUGUGCCAAUUCAAUUUAAGGAACCCAUUUACGGCACCAAUGAGCCCAGCUUCACGGACUUUGUGGCACCAGGCGUAAUAUUGACUAUUGUUUUCUUCCUGGCGGUUGCGCUAACAUCAUCGGCGCUGAUCAUCGAGAGGAUGGAGGGUCUAUUGGAUCGAAGUUGGGUAGCUGGUGUAUCGCCCGGCGAAAUCCUUUUCUCUCACGUGGUCACGCAAUUCGUAGUGAUGUGUGGUCAGACAGCCCUAGUGUUGAUCUUUAUGAUCCUGGUGUUCGGUGUCGAAUGCAAAGGCGACAUCGGCUGGGUUAUUAUACUGACAAUCCUUCAAGGACUCUGCGGCAUGUGCUUCGGGUUCGUUAUUUCGGCAAUUUGCGAACUCGAAAGGAACGCCAUUCAACUAGCUCUAGGCAGCUUCUAUCCUACGCUUCUUCUCAGUGGUGUAAUAUGGCCGGUGGAAGGUAUGCCGACGUUCCUUCGAUACAUCUCGCAAGGUCUACCACUAACGAUGGCGACAACUGCCUUGCGUUCCAUGCUAACCCGCGGCUGGAGCAUCACAGAGUCGAAUGUCUACAACGGCUACAUCUCCACCAUCAUCUGGAUUAUCGUGUUUCUCACGAUAAGCUUGCUGGUGCUGAAGUUUAAGCGCGGAUAAAAUCAGCUCAUAAUUUUUACCCUCUCGUUCAGACUGUAUUAGGUGUAUAGUGAUUCGCAAAUAUUUCGCAACGAAUAGACAAUCAAGAAGCGAAUAUUCCUCGAAGAGGAGCGAAUCAGUCGGGAAUUGGUGUUCGAAUGUGUAUUCGAUGGAUGUGACAUCGCAACUUGGGACUCGCGUUUUCAUCCAGGAGCGAAGCGAUCCUUCGAAGACAAUCUUCUUCAUUCACCUAUUUCAUAGCUGUGUUAUAACUGAAGUCAAAAUUAAUGGAGCUGUUAGUUAGGAACCAUACAGAAUUAGUGGAGAUUGUAGGCGUAAUUGGAUGUCGAUGGCCUAGAAGAGCUUUUGGAGAACUUCUGCUUCUGAGACCUCAUCAUCCAUGAAAGUAUUCCGCGAUUCAAGAAAAAUCCUUUUAUCUAAAAACAUAAUAUCCGAAAAAGAUAUCCUCUACUCAAAAAAAUUUUAUAUACAACUGCCAUUGUUUAAUUGAUAUUUGGCGGCAUUCCUGAAUUUUUCGAAAUGAAAAAAGAAGAUAUGUUAGUCGGUAAAUCGGCUUUGAUUCCAAAUGUGACGCCGAUACGAUCUCGUAGCACUCUCCACCGCGAAUGGACCUCCGAUACAUGUGAUGCUCCUACGUGCGCUUAAUGUGCUUUCAAAGCUCAUGAAUCACGCGUACAUGUGCGUAUGUGUAUUGUGUUAUACGUAUGUAUGUGUGUAUGUUUGUAUGCAUAAUUAUAGGAACUUUCGACUAAAUGUACGGUAAAUGUACGAUGACGAUAAGCAUGAGACUGCCGCGUUUGCCUCGUGCGUCUGUUUAUAGGAAUAAUAUUUUUAUUCGGCGUCUGUAAAAAAUUUGUACGGAUGACCGAGAAUAUCACCAGAGUUCUCCUUGUAAAUCGAUCUCUUGAGAAUCGCGAUUGAGGGAAGUAGAAUCGACGCUUUUCAUUUACAUGAUUUUCAAUCGACACAAAUGUCGUUCUAUCUUCAUUAUUCUCUGAAUGUCAACAAAGAUAGAAUAAGGUUUGUAUCGAUUUGUAUCACUAAAUGGAAAGCACUGUCGACCCAAAUUAGCUUCAAAAAAGCGUUUAUCAUAUAUUAAAAUUAUACUAUUG